UUCCUUAUGACGUAUGGAGCGUGUAGAGGGGUAUAUAGAAAUGAGAAGCUUGAUUGAUUCUCCCAAACUUCAUAUCAAACCUACAACAUAAUCCUGCAAACGUAUCUCUUCAUCGCAGUUAGUAUAUAUUUUCCGAACCGUUUGCUUUGUCGCCGUCGCUACCCCUUUCUCCACACUGCCUAGUUCCUAUUGCAUAUCAAAUAACCCGAUGCCAACUCUAAAUUUCAUACUUUACUCAAACUAACUUUCCUUGGAAUAGUCCACACACAAACACACAAACACGCACACAUCAUGCCUGAAGGACGUCAAUCACCACCACCGGAGACCCAAUCCGGUGCUCAAAAAGAUGCUCCAUCCGACGCCAAGGGAAUUAACCAAGGAGGCAACAACCAACAAGAUAGCAAAUCUGAUCUCGAGGUACUUCUGAAUUCUUCCUUGGACGCCAAUAGGAACUAUAGAAGAAACCAAUACUGACACACUUUCCACAGAACCUCUCCUCCAACCCAAAGGGACCUCUCGAUGACCACUCAGAGGAGACCCGCUCGAAGACUCAGAAUUAGAGGAAGGAUAUUAGAGUGUUAAGCGAUAUUGAGUGGAAUGUAUAUUAGUUGCAGGUUCAAGGGAGAUGCACAUUUAAUAUGAAAGGAGAUGAGAUAAUACCGUCAUGAAAUAUCCGAAGA